UACAAUUCAAGUCCUGAUUCAACUGAACUGUUGUCCUUCGUAUAGCCGACAGUGAGACUGAGGGAAACGAUCAUCAUGUUAUACCUCAUUACCUCAACUCAAGUGGCAUAAAGUACAGAAAAAGGAAAGUUAGGCAGCGACGGUAUUGAACGUGCCCCUCGUAUCGAUUGAGGAGUACUGAUGUCUUGGAUUAUUUAGUGAACUCACGUUCSAUAGAUUUGCUCAAUAUCUUUUAUCCGCUUAAGGUGAUAAAAGAAUGUUGGACGACAUUGUGAAAAGACUAAACAGCUAGCGAAUACUAUGGAACCAAAGAAUCAAGACAUUCUAUCCUGUUAUCAAAAACAACUGGUUGAUGAGCUCGAACCAAACGAUCUAUUCAGGCAUCUUGUUACCGUCGCAUCUUUYCACCAAGAUCAUGAUCUUCAAGCUAUUCUAAGGGUAAACGAACUACCUAGAGAGGUUAAAGUCGAAAGCCUGCUGAACACUUUAAGGAGACAUCGUGACGGUCUUAAGAAUCUUGUUAAAAGUCUUCUUCUUACUGAUAAACAUGAUGUCUUAGCAAGAGAAAUCCUGGGAGACGAGAACUUUGAUGAAUAUGACAUCAGUGAUUUAUUGGAAGAUAUGAGAGAGAGGUUGAGUGAGGUCCAGGUUUUGAAGCUUGAACUACUAAAGGAACGUAAAAAACAUGACAGUACAAAACGAGAACUGGAGGAAGUAAAGAGUAAUCGUAAUUCAGUGGUGUUCAGCGAUCAUGAUAGUUCGUACUGUAGCGGGUUUGACAGCCCUGACACUGAUACAACGACAGGAUAUUUAUUACGAGAGCUUGAAGAAGAGAAAAGGCGACGAGAAGAGGCUGAAUAUGUAAAGAGGUGUCAUGAGCAAGAGUUGAGUUAUCUAUCCACGAAGAAUAAGGAACUUGAGGAAAGCCACAGUUUUCUUUUAAGACAGUUUAAAAGCGUAGAAGAUAUCUAUCAAGUUAGAGACGAAAUAUGGCACGAGAGACGUCCUUGCAAGGCAGCAUCCGUUGCAAACUUGUGUCUUCAUAACAAAAGCCUUAGCAAAGAGGAGAUUUUAACAAAAUGGAAGAGUGACGAUAGUGGUGCAAAAUUAAGAGAAUAUUCAAGUUGUGGCUUUGACAAUCCUGGAGUUCUAGCUCUAGCCGAAAAAGUGUCUGAUCUUGAACUGCAAUUAAUAGAAGAAAGAGAAAAACGUUUAGUUUCAGAAAUCGAAAUUUCAAAGUUGGAGGCCGAUAACACACAACUUCAAUUUGAACUGGAGGAAACACGCGAUAAGUCACGUGAUAGCAUAUCGUUUGAACACGAACUCGUGUGGGGACAAGAUUAUUAUGAUGACGACAUGAAUAUGAAAUCUGAUGAACAUUAUGAAUAUAGAUAUAAUACAUGUACUCUUGGAAGAGGAUUUUCUUGCCCUGUGUUGAAUCAGAGUGAUCUCAACUUACGACACCCUAGCAAACCACGUCAGAAAGAGCUGUGCAUGCGCAGACCUGUCUCGUAUCACGGCUGUACCGACGUAUCUAAUAAUUGGCAGAAUCGUAAUGAGGAACAUUACGAAAUGGACGAAUACGAACAUGAAAUGGAAAAGAACCCGGAUCUUCGUGAUACAGAUUUGAAGUAUAUACUGCGCAGACUCAAACUGAAGACAUGGAAUUUGUACCAUGACAUCGUAAUGGGUAGUGCUGAACUAAAAAUCCUGGGUAACAGAGCUGAAAGAUUAAGGUCGUAUCCUUCAUAUAUUUAAUGAACAUGAAUUUGUACCAUAACAUUGUAAUGGGUCGUAUCCUUUAUAAAUUCACUUAAGAACAAGUAUUAUAUAUAAUUCGUAAUGUCCUAAUCUCUAAUAUUCAUUCUUGCUUUGAUUCUUUCAUCCUCUUUAUGAGCUGUUAUUAUUUUUGUUAUUCACAGUAUCAGAUAUAUUAUACUAACAUUGUAUAGCAUAGCCUAUAAAGAGUAUCUAUCAAUACAACAUGUGCCGUGAUGAUAUGAUGCUAGUUAAAUACUAUCAUUAACACUGACGUAAGUACAUUAGUGUAAAGUAAAUGUAAGCGCAGACACAUUUACUGUCACGUUCAUAUUCGGUCUCGAUUAAAAGUCUUUCACUAGAUAAUAUAUUUUUCAUAUCCGAUUCAGCCUCGGAACUUAUUCUAAGCUACCCUGAAGUCAUCUCAGUGACGAUUUUUGAUUGACUGGAAAAAGUCAAUACUGAAGUUACUCAGUAAAAAACUAGAGUCUUCAAUGA